CAAAUACAUUAAAUAAAUGUUUUAUUCAUCACUAAAUUGUUGCCUUGGAUUCAGAAGUGUUCCAUUUAUUUAUUCUCUGUACCAUUUUCUUUACCUUUCAUCUGUUAGCGUUCCAAGAGAGCAAACAAAAAGGACUGUCAUUCAGUCCAGGAACAGACUGAGAUUCCCUCUACUGAUGGACAUUGCAUAGAGCGUGAAAUGGGAGGAUCCCCCGGAUGACCAAAAUAAGGUUGUGGAGAAUAUGAAGGAUGAAACAGAGACACAUGAGACCAGCAAAGACAGGACAAGAGGCAAGGUAAGAAAUAUGCUGUCCUUUACACAUGCUCUGCCUACUUAGGCACAGAUCUAGGAUUAGUUUACUAUCACUAAAUCCUAGCCUUAAAGCAUUAGGAGGAGACGCUACACUGACCUUAGAUCUGCUAUGAGACCUAUAAUCUGUUGUCAUGUAGGCUAAACGUAAGUCCAGUGGCGGUGCCAAGAAGACUUCCGUGGAGGAGGACAGCAGCAUUGGUGCAGAGUCUUCUCAGACACCCGGGUGUGGUUUCCGGGAAAGGGGAUCUAUCAUUGAGCAGCUGGAGAAGGAGGCUCAGAGGACUCUAAUGCCUUCUCUCAAGAUUGGGACAUGCUGUGCCCCAAUCCUCCUCUCCUUCCUGAGGAGUCUAACUGAUGAGCAAGUCCCAUGUCUUUUUCCAACCUCACAUACAACAACUCUGAAUUUAUUGUCAUAGUGCACCUUCUAACCACAAAUGGGAUUUCAAACACUACACCUAACCCUAACAUCACUGUAACCACACACCUAACUCUUCCUGUAAAUCAAGAACAAAAUAUCUCAUGGACUUGCUAAUUGCUUAAAUAAAUACACGUUUAUUUUCCCUGACAUGGCUAUCUAGUGACUCCACUAACUCAACACCAGUGUGCAGGUAAAAUAUGUUUCCUUUCUUUUCUUUUCUCUAGCCAAUGGAGAGUGAUUCAGCAGGGCAUGAAAAAUAAUCUCACAUUCGAGCAGCUCUCAAUGCUGUGUCUGAAGAUUGUUAAAGUCGUGACCCAGACAGCCCUCCGCAUUCUCCUACCAGCGCUAGCUCGUAUCAUGGGGGUGAACCUGAGGAGUGGGGCAACCUCCCCAGAAUCCCAGUGCUCUCUGACAGGGUCUGAGGAUUCCUUAGGCGGUCUGGAUGAGAGAGAGAAAAGGCUGCUGAUCAGUGAGAUGAACUACUGGACUAAGGAGAGGAGGAGGAAUGGCAGUGCAGGAUGCCACCAAAAAUCCACUCGCAGGACCUCAUCACCAUGCUGUUUGCCUAAGAGGUCCCAGACCUCAUUGCAGAGCUUGCCUGCAACUAGAGAGGCUCCCCUCAUGGAGGAGCCUCUGAAGGCUCUUUUUGGGGUAACGGAAGAGAGCCUUCUGAUAUCCCUGGUUGAGGGUCACUCCAACCCCACCUCCUCCAGCUCCUCCGAGUUGAGCUGUGCUAUCGUGGGGGAGGUGGUACACCAGCUUAACUCUGGCCUCUCAGUGGCCAUUCAGGCCAGCCCGGGGAGUUGCCCCCCUAUGGACAGUCAGGACAUAGCAGCAGGCAAGGAGGUCAUUCUAGUAGCCUCGGUUCAGAUCCUGGCCGAGCUACAGAGCCAAACAUCUGAGCCAGAGUGGGUAGGGUUUAUCGAGCCCCUCAUGGACCCUGUGACCGAUGAUGUGCUGGAGGCCAUUGUCGGCACAAUGGACAAAAUGGCACAGGACUUCAACAUCCUAUUGGAUCUGGCCAAGAAGAUGACAAUCUUGGGGUCUAAAUUUCUGACCAAUCUUCAAUGUGACCUAGAUGUUGAGUGUCCAUCUGGGAAGGAAGGGACCACUCACUUUCUCAAAGAGACUGGAUCCUCUACCAGUGUGGUGGCCAGAAAGAUUCAGACCCUCUCUAGCCCCGACUUUCAGUCUAAAGCCCUGAAGGCGGUUAGCACCAUCCUUACAAGGAAAGUCAGCAGCUCUUCUGGCAUGGCUUCCUUCCUCUAGGCCUUCUAGUGCUGC